AUGAGGUGGCCUUCGCUCGCGCUGGCCCUCCUUGCCGGAGCUGCCAUGGCCGCCGAUGAGGAGUCCACCACGUCCACCACCGAAUCCUCCAUGACUAGCAGCAGCACAUCCACCACCACGUCCCUGAACAUUUCAGAUGCAUCCGUUGUCACGGACGGGACAGCCGCCGUUCCGUCCGGCACCUACCAGACUUACAGCACCACCGUUACGCUGGACAAUGGCGACUCCUCGGUUCUAGUCUCGACAGCCACACUCAACGCGACAGCGACCACAACCGGCAAUCAGACCAUCGUCACUCAAACCUCGGACUCGGUGACCGUGCUGGUCGGUGGUGCUGGGGGCGGGACCACUACGCUCGGCAAUGGCACAAUGGCCAAUGCCACAGCUACCGCAUCGAGUACCUCGACCUCAACCGCAGUCGUCAACACCCAACCGUGCAAUAACUAUGCGGAGUUUUGCGCGCGCAAUUAUUCCAAUAUCACCAUGGUCGCGGCGCACAACAGUCCGUUUGUGAAGGCGGGGAACGUUGCAGCUAACCAGGCCCUGGAUGUCACUGCCCAGCUCGACGAUGGAAUUCGCAUGCUGCAAUUCCAGACCCACUACCAAAACGGCACCAUGAUGCUUUGCCAUACGUCUUGCGAAUUGCUCAAUGUGGGCACUCUUGAAGCUUAUCUCACAACCGUAGCCAAAUGGAUGCGCCAAAACCCCUACGACGUCGUGACAUUCCUCAUGGGCAACUACGACUAUGUAAACCCGGAGAACUUUACCGCCCCCAUUAAAAACGCUGGCCUGAUGGAUUAUGUCUACACGCCUUCGAAGAUUCCCAUGUCUCUAGAUGACUGGCCCACCCUGUCGGAAAUGAUCCUCACUGGCAAACGAGCCGUCUUUUUCCUCGACUACCAAGCCAACCAAACUGCCCUGCCGUGGCUAAUGGAUGAGUUCACCCAGAUGUGGGAGACCCCGUUCUCUCCCACUAACGCCAAUUUCCCGUGCACGGAGCAGCGCCCGCCGAAUCUCUCCAAGAAAAAUGCGAAGAAUCGCAUGUACAUGGCCAACCACAACCUCAACAUCGAGUUGAGCUUAGGCUCGAUUGAUCUGUUGAUUCCCAACACCGCAGUCAUCAAUGAGACCAAUGGCGUCACGGGCAAUGGUAGCUUGGGCUGGAUGGCUGAGAAUUGUACCCGAGACUGGGACCGCCCACCUAAUUUCUUGCUCGUGGACUACUAUAACUACGGCAAUUUCAAUGGGUCUGUUUUUGAAGUUGCGGCUGAAAUGAACAAUGUCACUUAUAACCGCACCUGUUGUGGACAAGAGUCUGCUGCGGUUCGUGGGAUGUCCGUGGCUGGCCUCUCGACGAUCCUGCUCGUUGCAGCCGGCCUACAGCUUUGUUCGUCGAUGUUCUAA